UGCACAGAACCACUAGGUGCCGAGCUACUGACGGAUCUAUGGCAAGGAGCAUCCUAUCUAAAGCGGUUCAGGUAGUUAAAUCGGCCUUAGCUGUACCACAGUCUGCGGCAAUGAGUACAGCGCCCCGCCCCCGCGUUUUCAUCACCCAAAAGGUGCCGCACGGAGGCCCGGAGAUGUUGGCCCCUCACUGUGAGAUCAGUCAGUAUGACAGCGAGGAUCCUAUACCCCGGGCCGAGCUGAUGAAACAGGUGGCGGGCAAAGAUGCUCUGUUCUGUCUGCUCACUGACAAAGUGGACAAGGAACUGCUAGAUGCUGCAGGCCCACAGUUGAAGGUGAUUGGGACAAUGUCUGUGGGUUUUGAUCACGUGGAUGUGAAGGAGUGUGUCAAGAGGAACAUCCCCGUGGGUUACACACCUGAGGUGCUAACCAGCGCAGUGGCAGAACUGACGAUAGCCCUACUGCUGGCCACAUCAAGGAGGUUGAAAGAGGCCAUGGAAGCUGUGAAGAGUGGGGCGUGGGGCACCUGGAAGCCACUGUGGCUGUUGGGGCUGGGCCUGGAAGGCAGUACAGUGGGCAUCGCAGGCAUGGGGCGUAUAGGAGUGGCAGUUGCUGAGAGGUUGCGUCCAUUUGGGGUGGCCAAGCUGCUGUACUCUGACGUCCAGGCCUCGCCCCAUGCCGCUGGGGUUGGAGCAGAGUUUGUUCCCCUGGACGACAUGCUGAAGAACUCCGACUUUGUUUUGGCCUGUUGUGCCUUAACGCCAGAAACAAAGGGUAUGUUUAACGCCACUGUCUUUAAAAAGAUGAAGAAAACGGCUGUCUUUGUCAACACAAGUCGAGGAGGAGUGGUCAACCAAGAUGAUUUGUACGAGGCUUUGAAGUGUGGUGAAAUCGGUGCAGCGGGGCUCGAUGUGACUGUACCUGAACCCCUGCCCACAGACAGUCCCUUACUGGACCUGCCUAACUGUAUUGUCUUACCCCACAUUGCCAGCGCAACUGAGGACACCAGGAAUAACAUGUCCAAGCUAACAGCCAGUAAUAUUCUGGCUGGCCUAAAAAACGAGCCAUUACCAAAACAGGUGCCCUCCUAGGGAGUUACUAGGUGGGAAUUCUUCUAGUAUUUUACUCUGCUCUCAUCAACCCCCCCACCCCACCAACCCUCUUACGCAACUCCACACCUAUCCACACACACACACAGACUUACAGCGUAUUUGGUGACUAAAAAUAUCCACUUUUAUUAUAGUUAAACAGAUUUUAUUUCUAAUAUGUCUGUGACACAAUGAUUUAACUUUAUCUUAGGCAGACUAUAUAUGACCUGUGACAAAAGCUAUCAGUAUAGUUGACAAAGUCGCGAAUGACUUGACAACUUGGAGUGACCAGUGAAAAACAUAUUCCAAAUUCCCAGUUAGCAUGCAACAGUACUUCACUUAUUGGCCAGAAUUAUGGUGACCCAGCGUAGCCGUGGGGAAGCCGGCAAGAUUUGCUGACAGUCCUUCUCAUAUCACUAUUGAAGAGGAGGUCAUCAUGAAAUUCACUAAAUAUAUAUUUCAAUCAUUGCAAGUCAGUCAAGAAUGACUAGACAUAUUAAAUUUUGUGCUCUUCAC